UCUAUAGUGAGAUCUCUGUUGUGUAUUCCAUUGUUUCCACUUUGAUUAUCUUCAGCUUCUGUUAACAUUUAAACGUUCAUUCUAUUGUAAUAUUGCCUACUGGCUAGAGCAGGAUCUUCUGGAAAUUGGCUUAAAUAUUGCCAUCAAAUCUAGUGUGCCUCUUGCCUAAUGAAUAAAAAGCAUGUUCUUGUUUAAGUGUCUUCUUGUCAGCCCCAGCCUACUUUGAAAAUAGAGAUCAGAGCCUGGAGCAAAUAAUGGCACGGUUUGUUUGCCUUAAAAAUUUUAGAUUGCUUCUCAACACCUGUUCAUAGUAACUACCUAUAUAAUGCUUUCUGGAUUCCAGGCACUGUUCUAAUCAGUUUCAUAUUGAGUCAGGAGUGCCUCAGGCUUGAUGAUUCACUAGAAGUAUUCACAGAACUCAGAAAAAAUGUUCUCCCAGUUACAGUUUACUGCAGCAAUAGGAUACAGAUUAAAGUCAGCAAAAGGAAAAGGUGCAUGGGGCAGAGCGCAGGAGAAACCAGAUACAAGCUUCCAGGUUUUCCUUCCCAGUGGAAUUGCAGAAGGAUGUACUUAAUUUUCCCAGCAACAAUGUGUGACAACAUGUGGGAAGUGUGGCCAACCAGGGAAGCUCACCUGAGCCUUGGUGUCCAGAGUUUUUAUUGGGGGUCAGUCACGUAGACAUGAGCACCUGCAUGGCUGACCUUAGCUACUCAAUCUCCAGUCCCCGAGAGGUCAGACUGGUAGAGCUUGGCCCAGGGCCUCAGGCAUACAAAAACGGGUGUUCACCAUAAAUCUCGUUGUUAGCCUAAUGGUGAAGCUGGUACAGCAUGGCUCAAGGCCUCAGGCGUAUGAAAGCACUCUUUAUCAGGCAGGAAAUUCCAAGGGCUCAGAGGUUAUCUCCCAGGAGCAGGUCAGGGACCAGUCCUGAAGACCUUCAGAAUGUUCAGGGUUUGGGCAACCCAGGCCUAUUGAGCUAACUAACCAUUGACUAUGCACAUAUAUUAACUUGCUUAAUUCUGUGAGAAAUACUUUAUUAUGGAUAGGCUUUCCUUAUGGGAAAUUGGCAUCAUAAGGAAGAGAGGUUCAGAUAAUUUUUCUUUAAUUGUCCAUUAAUUAAAGAAAAGUGCUGUAAAGGUAUUUCUGGAAGAGUGGGAAAGAACUGCAGUGCUCUGAAUCCAUGCCCUUUGUUGUUUUACAGUUGCCAUUGACGUGGCCCUGACUCGUGACAGCCUUAUAUAUAACAGAAUGAAGUGUUGCCCAGUCCUGCACCAUCUUCAUGAUAGUUGAUAUGUUGAAUCCAUUAGUGUGGCUAUUAUGUUAAUCUGCCUCAUUGAGGGCUUCCCUCAUUUUUGCUAACCUUCUACUUUAUCAGUCAUGAUGUUCUCUUCUGGCGAUUGAUCUUUCAUGAUGAUGGGUCCAAAGAUUCAAGACCACCUUGGAUAUCACGUACAGCAUGUAGGACUGCUUCUUUCAACAUAUAUGUGCAUGCAUUCAUUGAGUUUCCACAGGGAAGCAGGCACUGCAGGGCUCCAGAUAUCUUCUCAGUAUGCACAUUAUUCCAUACUGUCACUUCUUCUGUGUCUUUCUGAUUCUCCUUCAAACAGCAAUUAUGUGGGAACACCAAGAGAUAAAGAAGUGGAAAAGAAAGAUGAUUUUGACUGGGGAAAAUACUUGAUGGAAGGUGAAGAAAUUGACUUUGUUCCAAGUGUAGACACACCAAAUUGGUCUGAAGAAAGUGAAGAUGAAGAUGAUCAACAGCCGUUAAGCAGAGAGGACUCUGGGAUUCAGGUGGACAGGACACCGUUAGAAGAACAACUUCCAAACAGAAAACCAGGGCCUCGUGUCAGCUGGAAAGAUGAGACAGAUGGCCGGAGCUGGCUGGAGGAGCAUGUGGUCCUUCAGUACUGGACAGCCAGGUCCUUGUGGUUUCCUCAUAGCUUACAUUUACACUCCAAUUUAGCUGUUGUCUGGGAUCAACACCUGUAUAGCAGUGAUUCCUUAUAUGUUCCAGAUGACAGAGUUUUUGUUACUGAAACUCAGGUUAUCCGGGAAACCCUAUGGUUACUUUCAGGGGUAAAAAAGCUGUUUAUAUUUCAGUUGAUAGAUGGGAAGAUAACUGUGAGAAACAAUAUUGUAGUAACUCAUUUGACACAUAACUGUUUACGAUCAGUGCUAGAACAAAUAGCAGCAUAUGGCCAGGUUGUGUUUCGACUCCAGGAGUUCAUCGAUGAAGUCAGGGGGCACAGUUCUGAUGGUGUAUUACCUGGAAAUAGUUCCGUUCCUAAGAAGUCCACCGAAGCUCCCUUUAGGACCUACCAGGCUUUCAUGUGGGCCCUGUACAAAUACUUCAUUGGUUUCAAAGAGGAACUUACGGAAAUUGAGAAGUAUAUCAUCAAUAAUGAUACUACAGUAACUCUCUCUAUAGUGGUGGACAAGUUAUCACCUCGACUGGCUCAGCUCAAGGUUUUGCACAGAGUGUUUAGCACUGGAGUUGCUGAAGUCCCACCUGACACGCGAAAUGUUGUUCGAGCAUCUCACCUACUCAACACACUGUACAAGGCCAUUCUUGAAUAUGACAGUGUUGGAGAAGCCUCUGAGCAAACUGUCUCCCUUCUGUUCUCCCUCUGGGUAGAAACUGUGCGGCCCUACCUGCAGACUGUGGACGAGUGGAUAGUGCACGGGCACCUUUUUGACUGCGCUAAGGAAUUCAUCAUCCAGAGAAACAAAAAUGUUCCGGUAAAUCAUAGAGACUUCUGGUAUGCAACUUACACAUUGUAUAGUGUAUCAGAAAAGACUGAAAACGAAGAAAAGAUGAGUGACAACGCUAGUGCAAGUUCUGGUAGUGACCAGGGACUUUCCAGCAGGCAGCACACCAUGGUGUCCUUCCUCAAACCUGUCCUAAAGCAGAUCAUAAUGGCUGGCAAAUCGAUGCAGCUGCUCAAGAACCUACAGUGUGUGGAGAGUGCCAGGUGCCAGGCAGCGGCAAGAGAUGCAGAAAGAAAAAGUUUGUAUAACCUUUUUUUGGAAUCUGUGCAAUCCCGUCUUCGGCAUGGUGAAGAUACCACUCCAUGUAUCCUUACUGAGCAACAGACGACCAAGGAGAGCCUAAUUAAGAUGCAGUCCAUUGCUGAAAGACACCUUGAACUGGAUGAUGUUCAUGACCCGCUGCUGGCUAUUAAUUUUGCAAGGUUGUAUUUGGAACAGAGUGACUUUCAUGAGAAGUUUGCUGGUGGUGAUAUCUGUGUGGAUAGAUCAUCAGAAUCUGUGACAUGCCAGACUUUUGAAUUAACACUGAGAUCUUGCCUCUACCCUCAUAUCAAUAAACAAUAUCUAGAUUGCUGUGGAAAUCUCAUGCAAACCCUAAAAAAAGAUUACAGGUUGGUAGAGUACUUGCAGGCCAUGAGAAAUUUUUUCUUAAUGGAAGGUGGAGAUACCAUGUAUGACUUCUAUACAUCAAUUUUUGAUAAAAUAAGAGAAAAGGAAACCUGGCAGAAUGUGUCUUUUCUCAAUGUCCAACUCCAAGAAGCAGUAGGACAGCGUUAUCCUGAAGAUAGUUCACGUCUGUCUAUCUCUUUUGAAAAUGUCGAUAUGGCUAAGAAGAAACUCCCUGUUCAUACGUUAGAUGGUCUGACCCUGAGCUACAAGGUCCCGUGGCCUGUGGACAUUGUUAUAAGUUUGGAAUGUCAAAAAAUUUAUAAUCAGGUGUUCCUUCUUUUAUUGCAAAUAAAGUGGGCAAAAUAUAGUCUGGAUGUUUUACUAUUUGGUGAACUGGUUAGUACUGCUGAAAAACCACAGCUUAAAGAAGGACCUUUGCAUGAACAAGACAAGAAUGCUCAGUUUGGACCACAAAAGGAAUCAAAACAACAGAUUCAUCGGAUGUUCCUCUUAAGAGUGAAACUCAUGCAUUUUGUGAACAGCCUGCACAACUACAUCAUGACCAGGAUUCUUCACAGUACAGGCCUGGAGUUUCAACAUCAAGUCGAGGAAGCCAAGGAUUUAGAUCAGUUGAUUAAAAUUCACUAUAGAUACUUGUCCACCAUCCAUGAUCGAUGUCUGCUAAGAGAAAAGGUUAGCUUUGUGAAAGAAGCCAUCAUGAAAGUGUUGAAUUUGGCGCUCAUGUUUGCGGAUGGUUGGCAGGCAGGUCUAGGGGCUUGGAAGAUGGAAUCUAUAGAGAAAAUGGAGUCUGAUUUUAAAAAUUGCCAUAUGUUUCUUGUAACCAUUUUAAACAAAGCUGUCUGUAGAGGGUCCUUUCCUCAUUUGGAAUCGCUAGCACUAUCACUCAUGGCUGGCAUGGAACGAAGUUAAAUAUCUUAAAAUACAAUAAAUUCCUCAAGAAUUAAUCUUCAUACAUUUCCAUUUCAACCAUGUGUAACUGAGAUGUUGGAAUCUUUUUAUUUUGGUUUGUUUAAAAGCUGUUGUCCACUGUCUGGACAACAGACAGCUGUAGGUUUGUGUUUCCCCGGAUUCUAGGGUUGUAAGUAUUUUCUUUGGAGAUGGUCGGCUAGUAUAUGUAUAUAAAACUGUAUAAAAAUACAAAGUGUAUAUAGGCUGUUUACACUUAAAUUUCCGACUGUAAGCUAAAGAUUUAUGUUAUUGAUAUCUUUGAAUGUGAAUUAUAUCAUCUUUUGAAAAUGUAAUUGUUGAUAAUAAAAAUAAAUUACAUUAAAACAC